CUGGCCAAAGGUUUUGAAACUAAUAAGCUGAACUUCCCAGAAGAUUAUACCAUUCCUUACAUGGUCUAUCUGCAGUCCAUCCCAGAACCCUGCGUGGGGUGUCUCAUCCACCCUGAGUGGGUGCUGACCGCUGCUCACUGCCCCUUACCUGUUCAGAUCCGACUGGGAGUUUAUGAACCCAACAUCAAAACUGAGAAAGAGCAGACACGAAAUUACUUGAUGACCGUGCCCCACCCUGAAUUCAACGCACAGUCUCUGGCCAACGACCUGAUGAUGAUAAAACUGUCUAAGCCUGCGGCCAUCAACAGCUACGUGGGGACCAUCGCCAUAGCGAUGGAACCCUUGGCGUUUAAUGACUCCUGCUUCAUCCCCACCUGGACCUGGAGUAAAUACAAAAAAUUUACUGACCCUGACAUCCUGACUUGGAUAAACCAAUAUAUUCUUCCUUCCAAUGACUGCCAGACCAUUCAGGCCAAAAGAAUGAUAGCAAAUAUCAUGUGUGUAGGACAACCUCUAAAAACCCUAUCUGAAAAUAAGGAGGUUUCCGCUGCCCCGGCCAUCUGUGGUGGGAGAGUGCAUGGAAUCUUGUCUUGGGCAAGAGGAAGUGUCACCCUGGGAAGUGAAGGAUUCUUCACAGAAGUUGAUCCCUACGCAAGAUGGAUCAUGAAAAUUAUUGAUACCUACUGAGGCUCCUCUGUUCCUUCACCCCCUCAGUGCAAUAUGCUCACCAUUUCUACACUGGAUGCACAACUCUCUUGAUCUUUCCUGUUCUCAAACAGAAUCCAUUAAAAA